AUGGAACACUAUGAUCGAGCAUGGGCAGCGGCAGUUUGGUCUGGUGACUUGGCUGGCGCUGGAGGAGGCAUCAACGCUGCGGCCUGGCUUGUCCCAGGAGCAGACACAGUUCGCGUCUUUGGUCGGGCGGAGCCACACUGUCCAGUGGGCCGUGACCUGACGCGUGCGGGCACAAGUUGGCCCAGGCGGGCGGCGGCGAACACGCACUUGCACCUCAUAUACGAUACUGCAGACGAAGCUUUCUCGUUCAGGACCGUGCGUGCAGCACUCACAGUGGCCAGUGGCUGUGGCAACAAGUGUUGGACGAGCGUGCAAGCAACACAGCGCUUCGAUCGCCACCAGGUUCUGGGUCUCUUGCUGAACCUGGAUGCCAACAGCGCCAACGCCAACACUGUGAGCCUUUUCCAUGAUGGCGUCCGGGUGUCUCAACCGAUUCCUUUGCCGGAGGUUUUGAAGGGCAAGACGCUCUUCCCUGCGGUGACUUUCAGGAAUAUCACACUCGCCUUCAACUUCGGGCCUGUGCCUAUGAUGCCGCUCCCCUUCAAGUGCCACAUGCUGGGAGCUGCUGCCACACAGGACGUCGAGGUCGCUGCCCCAACGCAGCCCAAGGACGGCAAGUUCGAGGUCGUUUUCCCGAUCCUGCUGCCAGACGAAGGGUCGUUCGACUGGGUGGACCUCUUCCUGCAGCAGCAUCCCGACUUCACGGAGCUCAGCGACCGCAUGGUCCUGGAGUGGUGCGAGAAGAGCGGCAUUCCACGCAACCAUGGCUAUGCAUGGAGGACCUCGAAUGACAAGCCGGAUAUGCAGAUGAACGUCCCCGAGCUGGAUGGCCUUUGCAUCCAGCACGUGCUGAGGAGCAUCGCGUCCGCCCAUCGGAGGAACUUCCUCGUGGUCGAGCUAAAGUCCAGCUUGCUGCCCGGCGAGCGGAAGGUGAAUGUCGAGUUCGAGCAGCAGAAGGAGGUGCAGCGCGCAGCGAAGAAGGCUCUCCCGGCGGAGGUGGAGCGUCGCGCAGCGGCCGGUGAGGUCCUGGACCCCUCCAGUCCGACGAUCCAGUUCUCUGACGAUUACCUGUUCAUCCGCAAGUUCUACUUGGUGGUCGGUGUCUCCACCUACCGGGGUGUGUCGCUGCACUCCUCGGGCAAGUUUCUCUUCGAACGUGUGCAUACGGACGAGUGGGCGAAUUCUCUGGACGAGAUGGCGGAUGACGAAGCAACCCAACCUGGUGCUGCACCUGACAUGCAGGUUGAAGAGGAGGACGAGGUGAUUGGAUCGCCCACUGAACUUGCCGAGGACAGUGAACUGGAUGAUGCUGUUGGAGGCAUCGGCGAAGUUGAAGGAGUCAAUCCUCCGGGUAAGGUCAAAGUCGAGAAAAAACGCCGACGAGGAGCUCGCGGACUUGGUAGUGCGAAUGGUGGACGUCUUCCUCCAGUACCCGACGAUUCUGAUGAAGAGGAAGAAGAUAGCCCCUCGAAGCGUGCCCUUCGCAGUGAUGAUCUUCCUCUUUCUUCUAGAGAGAUAAGAGACUUGCUCACUGGCCACCUUGCUGAGAUGAAAACUGCUUGGGGGUCGUUUCAGGGACGUCUGGACAAAGUUGAAGGAGAACAGGCGAAAACCACGUUCGAAGUCUCCAAUCUUCAGUCGCGCCUCAGAGUCGCCGAGAAAGAUGUGGCUCAUCAGAAACAGACCACGACCACUCAUGGAGCUGCCCUGGACAAUCUCACUGCUGAGGUCAAAAACAUGAAGGUGAAGAUUGAUGCCCUGGACUCUAAGUUCGCUUCGGCACCAGCCCCUACGGGAGGAGUUCCUGAUGCAUCGGCCGCUAGAUCGGAUCCCUGGGCCGCCUACCUCAAUCAGCGAGCUACCAACACGAUGCCGGCUGAUCGCAAAGAUCCUGGACCCAGUGGUGAUGUUGAUCGGGGUGACGUUCUCUCCGCGGAGGACAUGCGAACCCUCGUUGUUGGCGGCUGGCUACAAGACACGAAGAGAAGUGUCAUCGAGGAGGAAUCCGCCGUCAUCCUUGGAAUCCCUGAGAUCAAGAACUUCAUUGACUCUGACAAGCUUAUGAUCUAUGGCCCGAGGCGAUCUGUUGGCCUCCUUCGGUUUGUUACUCGUGAGGGUGAAGAAUUCAAGGAUACCAAAAACAGGAUGUGGGAAGUCAUCAAAGUCCUGGGGCGUCUCAAACAUGUCCUGCCGAGUACGCGGAGCUCCGGUGAGGAGAAAACCCUCUGGGCGAGCUUUGUGAAGACCAAGAACGCACGGGCGAAGAGCUCACACGUAAGCCUUACCAGACGGGUUGCCAUGAUGCUCGCCAAGGACCAUGAAACAAACCCGGGGGUGAACUCUGUUGUGGGUGCCUACGACUGUGAUUGGAACAUGGGGACGAUAUGGAAUGGAGCAGAGAAACUGGGAAGUGCGACCCAUCGCCAGCCCAAGUGUGAGGACGAGUUCAUUCUUCUCAGUGGAGGGUGGGUGAAUGUUUCCGCAGUGGCAAGGGUGGCUGGCUGCGCCACUGAUGAAGCAAAGAGUGCGUUUGAGCGGGAGCUGUGA